GCCCCGGGGACGCGGCCCGCGCGGCACCGCCGGUGCCCGGCGCCGCCGGCCGCCAUGGGGGAACAACCCAUCUUCAGCACCCGAGCUCAUGUCUUCCAGAUUGACCCAAACACUAAGAAGAACUGGGUUCCCACCAGCAAGCAUGCUGUUACUGUGUCCUACUUCUAUGACAGCACAAGAAAUGUCUACAGGAUAAUAAGUUUGGAUGGCUCAAAGGCAAUAAUAAAUAGCACUAUCACCCCCAACAUGACAUUUACUAAAACAUCCCAGAAGUUUGGCCAGUGGGCAGACAGCAGGGCGAAUACUGUUUAUGGCUUGGGAUUUUCAUCUGAGCAUCACCUUUCAAAAUUUGCUGAAAAAUUUCAGGAAUUCAAAGAAGCUGCCCGACUAGCGAAGGAAAAAUCUCAAGAAAAGAUGGAGCUAACAAGUACGCCCUCUCAAGAGUCAGCUGGAGGGGACAUUCAGUCUCCCUUAACACCGGAAAGUAUUAAUGGGACAGAUGAUGAGAGAACAAUGCCAGAAGUGACGCAGAAUUCGGAACCAAGGGCUGAACCAACCCAGAACGCAUUGCCAUUUACCCAUAGUUCGACAAUCAGCAAGCAUUGGGAGGCAGAGCUGGCUACGCUCAAGGGUAACAACGCUAAGCUCACAGCAGCCCUGCUGGAGUCCACUGCCAAUGUCAAACAAUGGAAGCAACAACUUGCUGCAUAUCAGGAGGAAGCAGAACGUCUUCAUAAGCGGGUGACUGAGCUAGAGUGUGUGAGCAGUCAAGCCAAUGCAGUCCACACACACAAAACAGAGUUAAACCAGACUAUACAGGAGUUAGAGUCUACAUUGAAGAAGAAAGAAGAGGAAAUAGAAGGAUUGAAACAAGAGAUCGACAAUGCCAGAGAGCUCCAGGCACAGAGGGAUUCUCUGACCCAGAAGUUACAGGAAGUAGAAAUUCGAAACAAAGACCUGGAAGGCCAGCUGUCUGACCUAGAGCAACGUCUGGAGAAAAGUCAGAAUGAGCAAGAAGCUUUUCGCAAUAACUUGAAGACACUUUUAGAAAUUCUUGAUGGAAAAAUAUUUGAACUAACAGAGUUGCGAGAUAACUUGGCCAAGCUAAUAGAAUGCAGCUAAAGAAAAUGGGAUUUCCGUGCCAAUCAGCUUAAAGAUGCACUGUCUCUCUUCAUAGGACUGUGUUGGGCUCUGCAUCAAAGUUGCACAAAAUUAGAAAACACUCCUCUGAGAGGGCUUGUUUUAAAUUUGAGUCCUGUUUAAACGUAAAAUUUAGAAUUCAGCUUGUAGCUAGUUGAAGAAAAAAAUCUACAAACAAAAAAGACUUGAAUUGCAAAUUACCUCCAUGUACAUUAUUGGCUACAGAUAACUUGAAAGAUAUUAACAGUAAUUGAAUGCAAGCCUUUUCCAAUUAUCAAUGAUGGAAGAAUUAGCAGUGUCCCAGGUCACAUCCCCUUUUUGUGAUAGAUACACUAAAGCUUAUAUGCUGUUUUAUUUAUCUAAGAUAUUUAAUUGCCAUGUUUUGUGCAAGAACUUAGUGAUGACAGCCCUGUAUUUUGUUGUUCUUAAUAAUUUCUCAGGAUACUUUGCACUGUGGAGAAGCAGUGCCAUUACCAAUUUAUUCUUGCCAGGAGUGAGAGAGUUGCAUCUUUAAUUGAAACAAAGUUACUAUAACUGCUUGUAUAAAGCUCUUCCUUUUGGGGAUUUUUAAUUGAUUGGUUGGUUGGUUGGUUUGUUGUUUGUUUGAGUUUUUUUGUUUGGGUUUUUUAAUACACACACACACUGGCACACAUACACAGAGGAAGAGACCAUAUUUCUUCAUGAAACUUACUCUGGUGUUCUACAGUAUUGUGCAAUGUCAGGUUUACUUUUUCAUACUAAUUCCAUGUACUUACAGUGAGAUACUAUCGUCCAUUUAACUAUAUUUUGAAGCCAACCAAUGAUGGAAGGUGAGUCCCCCAGGAAAAAAAAACAACAAAAACAAAAAGACGGGGGGAGAAGGGGGGUAAAAGACCCCUGGGAAAUUUCAAAUGUAAAAUCUGACAUGUGCAGAUAACAAGGAAUAGCCAGUCAUUUGUUUUCUGGCCUUGAUACCUGUUUCGAAUAUGUGUGUUCAAUUAACUUGUUAACCUGUUCUGCAGGAGACUUUUUCAGAAUGUCACAUGAAUUUCAGGUUUUGUGGAGAAUGGCUUAUGGGGAGCACUAUUUUAUUACAGAUUGCAUUAAGGGCAUAGAGCUAUUGCAAGGCAUCACUUGUACACUGAACUUGUCCAGCCAAGAAACUUUCGUUGUCACAGCAAAUUGAAAUGGAGACAUGUUUACUCUUUUAUGAGUCUUCAUAUCACAUCCUUAUUGAAACUACACCAGGCAAUAUUCUGAACUGUUAACUACAUGUUUAAAAACAGGAAAAUGAAUUCAAUUAUCCUCAGUGAGCAGAUUUUAAAGUUGUUUUGAUGUAAUUUUAACAGACUUUUGGCAAACACACAUUUCUUUAUAUAAUAGAUUUAUUUAAAAGAAAAAAAACAAAACCAAACCUCUUUGAAAGGUAAGCCAAGUGUCACGUGUCUUGCAUCAAAGUACAUUCUUGCCAUAAAUUGCUUGUGAUGUUGAAGAGGGCUUUUUUAAAAACGUAUGAAUGAGUGUCAGACUUCAGAGUCUAAAGAUGCACAGGCCUUUGUUUGCUCCCCAAAUUAAUUUGAAUGUUAAACAUGAAAUCUAGCUGCUUAUUAAAUUUGUACAACACAAUUUUCUCUAUUUAGAGACUGCUAUUCAAAACUAGAGAAGAUUACUUAGUUUUCAUGUGUGUACUGUGUGUAUGUACCAUAUAAUACACGCAGGUGCUCAUUUAUAUUAGAAAUACAUGCUUUAUUUCUAAAAUACUGUUUUUUCUUUACCAGUGAUUUAUCAGGUGUUUCCUGACUAGUCAGGAGGCUGGUUUAGGUCUAAUGCUAAACCAUCAUGUAUUAUACGGUAUGUAAUGUACACAAUGUUUACGCUUUCUCCAUUUUAUUUAUUAAAGGGGUGGGGGGAGCUUGGUUCAGCGUGCUACUGGUUGAAAACUUUGUUGUGAGCUACAUGUUUUUCAUUUGUUGGUUUUUAAAUGGUGGUGUGUAUAUCUUCAUCAGGUCCAGAUGAGCAGACACGAUAAGCUUUUACUUUACUUGGGGAUGUUUGGGCCUGAUUCUCCUCUUACUGGGGCUGCUGUAAACCAAAUGUGUCCUUGAUGUUACGCCAGCAAUGGUCAGUUGACGUAAUGUCUGUCGAAGUGCAAGGAGAAUCGGGCCUCUUAUACUGCUCAGUGGACAUAAUAAAGAUGAAGAAAAAAUAAAAACACAAGAAGCUGAUGAUGGAAUAAAUGUAAUAUUAUUUUUAAUGAUAUUAUUAUUGACAUUUUUAAAGAUAUGAUGUCAUUUAAAUGUGAGAAAAUAGUGGACAGAAACAUUUCCACUUAAAUUUUGUGAGUAUGUGUGGUACAUGAGUAUUUCUAUGUAUACGUACACACACAUAUGUAUAUACAGAACGUGGAAAAAUUUAAAUGUGCACAUUUUUAAUAUUUUCCUAUUGAAAUUAAAUUUAGAACUGGAAAUUGAUAUUUGAGAAUUUCUUUUUCUCAUAGAGUAGGUAUGCCUCAUUUCUUUCUUUUAAAUAAUACAAUUACCGAGGGCUGCACCUUUGAAUUCCCAAGUAGUUGCCAAGCGUAAAUAUGGGACAAGGUGGACAUACGUGCACAUAUAAAUAAAAUCCUAUUGCAAAGACAAUUUCUAGUGUGUAUGUACAGUAGGUGAGUGUUUCAAAACUGUGACCCAAAGGUCAUACUUAGGUGACUGUACCUACUGUAACCUCUCCACUCUGUUUGAAGAUAAAAGUUUGCCGGAGACGGGUAUUGCGCAUUGUAUCUAUGAUGAAACUGCGGGGAUAUGUAUACGAGAAAACCACGGCAAGUUAACUGUGUAGCCUGAAAACACGACCUUGCAUGUUAGGGGAGAGCAGUCACAUUGCAUGUAACUUGUUGUAUGGCAACUACAGUCUUGUGGGAAAAAAAAAAAAAAAGAAAAAAAAGCUGCAAAAGGAAUUACCAAAAAUCUUCACAAAUACCCAACAACAGCAACAACAACAGCAAAAGAGGAAAAUCAAAAAUACAGGUUUUUAUUUUGAAAUGCACUUGCUGUUCUCUGGAGAAUGUACUUUUACUGUUUUUUUUUUUUUCUUAAAUCUUUUUCAAGUAUGUGCAAGUGAUAGCAGCAGCAGCAACCUUAAUCUUCCAGGUGCUACUGGAUUUUGCAUUAGAGUGUUAUGUUGUGAAAUCCUGACUUUGACAUAAAAGAUUUUUGUAAGUAUAUCUCAGUAGUUAGAUUUUGGAGUGUCUUCUUCGUAAUCCAUAUGCCUCAAUGAUCCAGAAAUUGCAUUUUUCUAUGUGGACAAAGUGAAACGUGUGAAUUAAUCUGUCUGUUACAGACCAGGCAUUCUUUUUCCUGGCUAGUACUUCCAGGAAAGAGAAUGAACUGGUAACACAGAAAUGCUGUUAUAAGGUCUCUUAAGAAAAUACAUUUUCAGGUAAAAUAUAAAUCAAUA